UGUAUACCACGAAAAUCGCAUCAGAUUUUCCCGUUUCCACAAAGUAAAUGAGCUUCCGUUCGAUUUAGCAAUGGUAGCAGUGAAGCACGAUAGAUAUUAGCAGCUAAAUUAUCCUGGCCCCUUACAACUCCAGAUGAUUUAAUUUCCAGAUCCUGCUGGCCGGCCAGAACGUUAACGACAACGAAUUCCACACGGUUCGACUGUCCAGGCGGGGAUCCAAUUUGAAGCUACAGCUCGAUAGCCAAUCGCCUAUAAGGGCUGAAAUCCAAGGCAAGCACACAACUUUGCAGUGGCGUACCAUCCACCUAGGAGGUCUCUACCACGAAGAGGAAGAGGUCAGCAUGACUACGACGGUGCCUAACUUUGUCGGUGAAAUUCAGCAUUUCUAUUUGAACAACAUACCGUACAUAGAGCUGGCUAGGGCAUUGAGUACUGAACAGUCAAUCGCAGGUUUUCCUUCGAUCAAGGUAACGGCGAAAUUUGUCAAGCACGCCACUGACAAUCUUCAUAGACCGGUCACGUUUAGGUCGAAACAUACUUUUAUUGGGCUGCCAAUGCUGCGUGCUUACUCCAGCAUACAUAUCGAUUUUAUGUUCAGGACACGCGAACCAGAUGGUUUAAUCAUGUUCAAUGGUGGAAAAAAGGAAGAUUUCGUCGCCGUUGAAUUGGUGGAUGGACAUAUCAACUACGUCGUCAAUGUUGGCGAUGGAACUGUAACCCUUCGUGACACCGUCCGCACGCCACUGAACGACAACCGAUGGCACGUGGUAGGCAUUCGAAGACCUUCAACCAAACAGCACACACUCAUGGUAGACGAGGACGUUGUCGUUGCAGCAAAUCCGGGCACCGGAAACCUUGAUCUGGACGGCAUCCUGUAUCUGGGAGGUGUUUACAAGGAUCUGUACGCACUGCUACCGAAGGAGGAUGUGAAGGCGAAGCAUGGAUUCGAAGGUUGCAUCGCGGGUCUAGAUUUGAAUGGAGAAUCACCAAAUAUCAUGGAAGAUGCAGUGGUACAUAGUUCAUUAGUUACAGCAGGGUGCGAAGGUCCAUCUGCCAAAUGUAGUCUAAAUGUCUGCGCAAAUGGAGGCAUAUGUGUUCAGCAAUGGAAUUCCUACACCUGUGACUGUGAUAUGACAUCAUUCACAGGACCAACAUGUUCAGACGAAUCAGUAUCAUAUGAGUUUGGUCCAAAUCGUGGCAUCAUCCUAUAUACAUAUCCAGAGGAAACAAGACAAGAAAUGCAAGAAGACGUUAUAGCCUUAGGAUUUAUCACCACAAAAUCGGAUGCAGUUUUGCUAAGGAUAGUUAGUGGAACUUCUAACGACUAUAUAGAAAUGUAUAUCGUGGAAGGAAACGUCUUCGUAGUAUACAACUUAGGCACUAAUGAUCUCUUGAUUGGAGAAAUUUCAGUCAAAGUCAAUGACAACGCAUAUCACGUAGUUAGAUUCCAAAGGCAAGGGCACAAUGCAACACUCCAAGUAGAUGAUUACAACGUACAAACAAAUCACCCAUCAGGUCAACAAUUGCAAGUCUUCAACAGCCAAUCUGAGAUACAAGUCGGAGGUAAAUCCAACAAAAAAGGUAGAAUAGAGAGACCUUUUACGGGCAUUAUUUCGGGUGUAGUAGUUAACGGCUUGAGGAUACUCGACUUGGCUGCUGAAAAAGAUGUUCACGCGUCCAUUCGAGGAGAUGUCCAGCUGGUGUCAGGAAUAUUGGACAGGCAUGAUCACCUGCAGAAAAUGCAGCAGACUCCAGCCAGCGGUUUCCCAGGCCUAGAAGACGACCUGGUGUUCAGCGGCGCGGGCAGCGGCUGCAACAACGGCGACGACGAGGACGAGUGCCCCCCGUUACCAGACGGUGGCGCCGCCCCUGGCAGCGGGGACGACGACCUAGUGACAGCGGUGUACAUACCGCCCACGAGGCAGCCGCCCACCAAGCGGCCACCCAAACAGGGCAAGGACCAGCAGGGGGGUAAGCAGUGCGACGACGAUGACGAAUGCGUAGAGGGCUCCGGCUCUGGAGAAGCUACAGAGGAGUCACCUAAGGUCGUCGGCACUUCUGAUUCUACCUCCAUAUCCUCCAACGCCAGUCUCAUAACAGAAGAAGCUUCCACAACGUCUGUCCUUAUAACGAGCCCUAACUAUACACUCCUCCCUGAAGGUGAUGAUACUACAACCACUAAUGCGCAGCACAUCACUAGUAGCACAAGGUCUAGUCCAGUGACAUUCGUGUCGACAGAAUACAGUAGUGUAGGUUCCAUAUCACCCAGUUCUGAAAUCAGUACUUGGACUACUACUUCAACCCCAGCCGUUCCAACUACGAUUUCCACUCAGGGAACCGCAUUGGACCGCUCCCCGUACCCUACUCCGCCGUUCCUGCCGCGGCCACAGCCACCCGCCCCAGACGACACUGCUCCGCCCAUCGUGUAUGGCCCCCAUUCGACGAAGAGGCCCGAACGCGUCACUUCGGAAACCUCCGAAAUCGUCGCACUGAUAAUCGGCAUCAUUGCCGGGGCGCUCAUCGCUGUUAUCCUCAUCAUACUCAUCAUUUUAAAGUUCAAGUCCAGAAGAGAUAGAUCCUUCAAAGUCGACGACUCAAAAAUGAGCUACCAACAAGGACCUUCCGCUGCUCUUCUGGGCACCUCAUCUUCCUCUUCCACAAACUACCAACUCAAUGGAGCACUCCGAAACGGUGACAAAUCACAGCAGUUCCAGCAGCAACAACAGAAGAAGAAACGGGACAGCAAGGACAUUAAAGAGUGGUAUGUGUAAAGUGGACUAGGUAGUUAUGGAUACCACUAGGAUAUUUUGAAUAAGAUACAGGAGUAUUUGGUGAAUGAAAGUCCCUUGCAGUUGUAUAUAGCAGUCAGUAGACACGUUUUAGAGAGAUACUAAAAUGUAUUCGAAUGUUCCAUAAAUACAUUCAUUUGGUUAUUCUGAAAGUGAGUGUAUCUGAAAAAGCUUUCUUCUAAUGAGCCGCUUCUAAUAGAUUCUGAAAAUUUGAUAAAAAGCACUUUACGCCUACUAGCACCCCAAAUGUCCGAUUUUUUAUUGCAGGCCAACUAUUACCUUGCUAAUAUCUAAGAGUUAACUAUCAAAAAACGUGUUUUUCAUUAUCAGGUCUGCCCAUAAACGUUAGUUUGAUCAAAAGAUUGUUUUUAGUUUACCUAGAAAAUUAUUAAUCCAAAAAUGUCUAACCUACUUUGGUUAAAUUGUCACUGAUGGCACUAGAAACUAAUGCCAAACGAUACAAGAUAAACCCAAAAAAGCAGCGCUUCCAAGUCAAAAACUAUGGUUAAGUGGAAAACGAAUUUACCAGCAACUACCAGUUAACUUCCAGGUUCAAUUGUCAAUUUGAAAGUUAAUUUGCAGUUGAAAAACUCAUCAAAUUGAAACAAAUACAUCUCCCUCGUCCUGUCCAAAUGAACUCACAAAUGUUGAACAACAUUGUAUUGUACCUCGAAAAACGUUUCCGUAACAUCCGAAAUGUCUGUAAAAUCUCUGUGGUUUUAUUUGAAGCGUGAGGAAGAUGAACCGAGCUACAUCUUUUCGAUCCACCAUGUGAAAUCUAACACUUACUUCUCUAUAUACCGUAUUUUAGAAACCUAACGUUUCCGAAGUUUCACAUGCACUUGUUCCUCAGAAUAAUCUAUGAAUGGUCCCUUUGAAUGAAUAUCUCAAAAACGUUUUUUACCGCAUAAGUAGGUAUGUUACAAUAAUGAAAUACCAUUUUACCUACAAGUACACCUGUUGAAGCGACGCACAGUUCCAUGUUUCAGCGUUUUAGUUUGACAAAUAGAGGUCGCCAAAGUUUAGCAGCACCAUCGAUCAUUUCACAUUUAUCUUACUAAAAAUAGUUUGCAGUAUAUCAGACUUAGGAAUUAGUUUUAACAUUUUAUAUAUAUGAGCAAUUACUGGUUGAGGAAAUAUAUCUUAGCGCACAUUUAUACAAGUGAGGGUCUAAGUUCGACAAUGAAGUUGGAUAAGGCAAACCGUUGUCGAGUGAAACUGUCGAAUGACUCAAAACGCGUGGAUAAAUGGUCGUUUACAGUUUAUUUCAACCGUAUGUCAGCUCUUUUUGAAAGUAAUGCUGUCAGACUUAAAUGCGAUAUAGCCCUUUUUAUAGCACUGAAUACACCAGCGCUCCAACUCAAAUGUUUGCAAAUUGGUUGUAAAGAUAUGUUGAUUAAAUCAACACAUAUCUCUGACAGGGUAAGUAAUGCUUUUUAUAGUGUAACUGUUCUGUUCAAAAUAUAUUCUAUAUAAAAACUAUUUUUUUUUAAUUGCAAUAUACGACUGUAUAUGGCGGGGACUUUUAUACAUGAUAAAUUGUGACAGUUUUACCAAAAAGAGUUACUUUAAACUGACUAAUUUCUAUUGCACGUUACAUAAGACCUAUAAAAAUAUACGACAAGCAAAAAGAAGUAAAAUGUUUCAUUGGAAAUGUUUUUAUAUAUGUAUAGUGUUUAACUUUGUUAUUAUGCUUGGUAUCUAAAAAGGUUUACUACAAAACCUGUAGCCAACAGUAAACACCUUACUUGGAAAAAUAUUAUUUCUACCGGGUGAUUCAUAACUACUUGGUGGCCCACACAUACAUUUUUUAAACUGGAAAGCACUAUAGUUCAUUGCAUUACUUUCAAUUAAUUUCAUAUAACAUACUGUAAGGCUUUAUUUUCAAAUUCUGUUGAACAAUGUAUCAAAAAACAACUUUGACAACUCGCGUCCCUACAAACGUUAUAACUAGAGUACAAACUUUUUCGUCAAAAAAAUUGUAUGAUCCCAUAUUCUGCCCCUAUCCACUUGCUCUUUCCAAUUUCUUGGAUAGUUUAUAUAAUAAAGCAAACUGAAUUA